AUGAGGUUCACCCCUGGAGCUCUGCUUCUUAUGCUGCUGGCCUUCAGCCUCUCUCCUGUCCAUGGUGUUCUGGAGACCAAUAACACAAACUUAAAGUGUAAAUGCAUUGGAAAGAUUUACAACCGUUUCCCCAUUCAGCUCAUUGAAAGACUUCAAAUCAUCCCCCGUGGGCGUGGAUGUCCAAACACAGAAAUCAUAGUCUGGAUGAACAAUAAGCCAGUUAUCUGCUUGAACCCUCAAGCCAAAAGGACACAAACACUAGUGAAAUUGUUAAGCAAACAUAUUUUGUCAACUUCACCAGCUCCACUGGUUAAGAAAAGGAGUGCCUGA